CCUAUUAAAAUGUUGAGCCGACUGCCACCCAUUCUCUCUCUCUGUGGCUUUGAAAAACCCUAAUUCACCAAUCAAUCGAUCCCUCCACUUUCUCUUUCUAAAAUCUUCACACUCUCUCUACAACUACAUGCAACCAUAUAUGUAUCCCCAUCGAUCCGUCAAUUCCCUUUAAAUUACCAUUUUUUCACAUUUUGAUUUCCCCUCCUUUCCAUUCUCCUAAUCUAUCUCGAUCUUCAAAAUUUUCCCUUUUGAUUAAUUUCAUUCCUGAAGUUCUUAAUUUUAUUGGGGUUUUAUUUAAACAGGAAGAGCACAAGGCUGGCGAUUGGCGCCGGAAUCAGGUGAUGGCGGAUCUGCUACGUGUCCGCCAACAAUUGGUGCUCCAAUCGUCGAUUUUUGCUUUCCUAGGUCUAGGAUUAAAGUUUGGAACUAACGUAGGAGUAGAGUGGAGAACAUUGAAUUCGCUAGAGCUUUCUGGAAAAUGCUGACUGUGCUGCGGGUUCAUCUUCCGUCCGACAUUCCUAUUGUUGGGUGUGAGCUGACACCGUACGUUCUGCUGAGACGCCCGGACAAGAAUUCCGUUACUACUGAUGAUGUUACCGAGUCCAAUCCCGUGGACGGCCACUUCUUGAGAUAUAAAUGGUACCGUAUACAAAGUGAUAAAAAAGUUGCAGUCUGUAGUGUCCACCCAUCUGAGCAAGCUACAUUACAGUGCCUUGGAUGUUUGAAGGCCAAAAUACCUGUUGCUAAGAGUUACCAUUGUUCUCCUAAAUGUUUUUCAGAUGCAUGGCAACAUCAUCGUGUUUUACAUGAGCGUGCUGCUAGUUCUGGAAAUGAAAAUGGAAAUGAGGAAGAAGAAGUUUUUGGACGUUUCAACAGUACAGGUAGUACAGGAUCCAGCAUGGUAAAUAUGAGCUUGUCUGGGUCUCAAUCAAGCUCCAGCUUGACAAAUGGUGCCACACCUCUGUAUCCUCCAACAGUUGCUCACAGGAAUGGUGGUGAAACAUGGUUUGAAGUUGGCCAUUCCAAGACAUACACACCAACAGCUGAUGAUAUCGGACAUGUCCUUAAGUUUGAGUGUGCCAUCGUAGAUGCAGAAACAAAAUCAUCUGUGGCACAUUCUAAUUCCAUAUUAACGUCCCGUGUAAUUCCAGCUCCAUCUCCCAGUCCCCGUCGCUUGAUUUCAGUGAGUGGUGCUGAUGUUCCUGGGCAUUUAGAUUUGGAUGGCCGCAUUUUAUCUGCAGGGACUUUUACUGUGCUCUCAUACAACGUUUUAUCUGAUGCAUAUGCUACUAGUGAAUUAUACAGCUAUUGCCCCUCUUGGGCACUUUCUUGGCCUUACCGCAGGCAAAAUCUGUUACGAGAAAUAGUUGGCUACCGUGCUGAUAUUGUUUGUCUUCAAGAGGUUCAAAGUGAUCAUUUUGAAGAAUUUUUUGCACCUGAGCUGGAUAAAUAUGGCUAUCAAGCCUUGUUUAAAAGGAAAACAGCCGAGGUUUUCAGUGGAAAUAUCAACACUAUCGAUGGUUGUGCUACUUUCUUCCGCCGAGAUAGAUUUUCACAUGUCAAGAAAUAUGAGGUUGAAUUCAACAAAGCUGCACAAUCUCUGACUGAUGCUGUGGUUCCAACUGCUCAGAAGAAAACCGCCUUAAAUCGAUUGGUCAAGGAUAAUGUUGCACUAAUUGUAGUGCUAGAAGCCAAGUUCAGUAAUCACGGUGUCGAUAAUCUGGGGAAGAGGCAGCUUGUUUGUGUGGCUAACACGCAUGUUAAUGUGCAUCAAGAUUUGAAAGAUGUCAAGCUUUGGCAGGUUCACACACUCUUGAAAGGAUUGGAAAAGAUUGCUGCAAGUGCAGAUAUCCCAAUGUUGGUGUGUGGAGAUUUCAACUCAGUUCCUGGAAGUGCUCCGCAUGCCCUCCUUGCCAUGGGGAAAGUUGAUCAGAUGCAUCCAGAUUUAGCAGUAGACCCACUUCAAAUUCUUCGGCCUGUUAGCAAACUGACACAUCAGCUGCCACUGGUAAGUGCAUACUCAUCUUUUGCAAGAGUUGGAGUUGGUCUUGGUCUAGAGCAGAGAAGGAAAAUGGAUCCUGGGACAAAUGAACCCCUAUUUACGAACUGCACCAGAGAUUUUAUUAGUACUCAUGAUUACAUAUUUUAUUCAGCGGACUCCUUAACUGUGGAAUCACUGUUGGAGCUUUUGGAUGAGGAUAGCUUGCGAAAAGAUACAGCUCUUCCUUCUCCAGAGUGGUCAUCAGAUCAUAUAGCGCUCUUAGCUGAAUUCCGCUGCAAACCUAGAAAUAGACGGUGACACUGGGUCUGGCCUGAAGAAGAAUUUUAAAAACAGUUGCUGAAACUAUUCAAGCAUAAAGAAAAUUGAUUGUAAGAAUGUCGAAUCAUUCUUCCCUGUUCAUUUUCUAGGUGUAUCCCUAGUGGAUCUUUAGAUUUUACUCCUCUGUAUCAUGCCACCUUUGUCUCAUAGAAAAACUUACGGUGAUAUCUAUUGAAUUUCGACCCUUUUUUUACCGUGAAAAGAAAUAUAAUAUAGUGAAGGCAAGGCAUUUUAUAUGCUAGAAAUACGAAUUUUCCCUGCUUCGUCAGCAUGGUUCUGGUGCCAUACCAAGUGAGUAAACCUCAAAGUGCAUACAGAAUUGUCUUCCAGAACAGUUGAAUACCUGUGUGGGGCGAGACUCAGAAUGCAACUUGAAAGUUCGUCACUGAAUCACAGAAGUUUAAGGACACAGAAUUUUUACUGUAGCUUCUCUUGAAAAUUCUUGUCCUUGAGAAACAUCAGAAUUGAUGAAUUCAAUUACAGAAAUUGGCUUUCAUGGACUUGUACUCUGUGACAAAGUGGAAGUACAAGCACAUGAAUAGAAUAAUACCGAAUAGCUUAGCUAUGAA